GUGAACGGGAACAGUGUUCUCUACAUGGCCUGCCAAAUACUGUCAACAAUUACAGCUGUACUAGCUACAUUUAAAGCGGAUUUUAAACCGACAAAGGGCUCCUCCUUCUGAUGUCCAAGUACAAACUCUUUCUGCUGAGGCAUGGGGAGGGAAACUGGAACAAGGAAAAUCGUUUCUGCAGUUGGGUCGACCAAAAGCUGAGUGAGGCUGGGGUAAAGGAGGCCCAGGACUGUGGAAGACUCCUGAAGGAGCAGGGCUUCAAGUUCGACUUAGUAUUCACCUCCAUACUCAGUCGCUCCAUUCAAACAGCAUGGCUAGUGCUGGAGGCUAUGGGUCAGGAGUGGGUCCCUGUGGUCAAAUCCUGGAGACUGAACGAGCGCCAUUAUGGUUCUCUGAUUGGCUUGAACCGGGCAGAGAUGGCUCAACAACAUGGAGAGGAAAAGGUGAAGUUGUGGAGACGGAGUUAUGACAUAACUCCACCUCCAAUUGAUGCAUCCCACCCUUACUUCCUGGAAAUCUACAAUGACCGCAGAUACGACACUUGUGAUGUAGCAAAAGAGAACCUUCCCCGAGCAGAGAGCCUGAAGGAGGUGUUGGACAGGCUGCUGCCUUACUGGGACAGCACUGUGGUGCCAGAGAUAAGGAAAGGCAAGACUGUGCUCAUUUCUGCUCAUGGAAACAGCUGUAGAGCUCUGCUGAAACACCUGGAAGGUAUAUCUGAUGAAGAUAUUGCCAGCGUGACUUUACCUACUGGUAUACCUGUUCUGCUUGAAUUGGAUGAAAACCUGAAGCCUGUGAAACCUCGUCAGCUCUUGGGAGACCAGGCAAAGAUUCAGGCGGCAAUUAAAAAGGUGGAGGACCAGGGAAAAGCCAAACCAUCAACUUGAAUGCACUAAACUGCCUAUAAGACUUAAAAGAGCUCUACUCAGAUUCCCACAUUUUAUUAGGUACAGUAACAACUCUUGACAGUCUCAAAUAACUAAUUAACUGUUGACAGAUCAAAACUACACACUGUUGUUACUAAGGUUUAAAGGAUAGGUGUACUGUAAGUCUUACAGUGGAGUUGCUGUAUGUAUAAUGCACUGGCUGUAUAUAAAUAUGGGCAACAAUUGCUAGUCCAAAGGUGAAGCCAAAAUACCCCACAGUUGGUAAUUUGUGAAAUUUUGGUGGGUCUCUAAAAUAUUGACAGCUUACAAUUGUUUUGAUGGAUACUGAAGAGGACUGUAGGCGGCUUGGCUUACUUUUUGUUGGUAUUUAAAAUGAAUGAAUAUUACUACUUAUUUGUUGGCCGUAGUUUUAAUCCAUUAGCAUCUAAUUAUUGAGAUAUUAUUUUGCUCAGCUAUAUGUGAUGAAUAUAAUUCACUGGUAUGUGGUCAGGUGUAAGCAAUCUUGUUUAACAUGUGGACGUGCUUUUGCGCAAUAUGAAGCAUGACAGUUGUGAGGUGAUUGAAAAGGUUGCAAGUAAGGAUGCUUCCCUAGUCAGCUAAAUGCACAUUUAAGUUGCAUUUUAGCGACUCGUCUAAAGUUAGAAAAUGCUCAGAAAAUAGUCAAAUUCAUCAUAGGGUCAUUAUGACAGACAGCAUAUGACUUGAGUCUGCUGUGAUGAGUACGGUGUGGUAAUGUGAUUACUCAUCACUUCAGUUGAGUUGUUAUACAACUCAACAUCCUACAUACAACGUCAUUUCUAUUUUCUAGUUCAAAACACUGUCAUACUGCACUGUUCCUUCAACAUGUCCUCAUGUCUACUUCUGGUGAAGUGCCAGAAGACAGCUCUUGCAGGAAGGAUGCAGCAUUAACUGAAGCUACAGUGACUAUUAGUGGUGGGAGGCUUCAUCACAGUUAAAAAAACAUUUAACCAGGAUCUCCAGGCCUGUGUUUUUCUAAAAAGGCUCAUAAGGAAUUUAAUCGACACAUAAAUCUUGUGCUGGCUUAUUUGUUAUCAAAUUUAAGCCAUUUAGCUGGCUAACUGCACUCAGUAAUGCCCCACACAAACACAUAAAUGCUUUGCCAAUUUAAUCUUAUUAAUUAAGGGCGUAGAGUCAAGAAAACACCCAGAAAACAGUCAAAAUGGCACACAAUGUAGUUAAGAUGGCAUCGCAGUGGCAUUAAGUUAUAUUGCUGAAUAUUGUCAAGGUGUCAAUUCUUCAGUUAAAUGUGAGUAUAACCUGACACAGCCCACGCGAUCCAACUUUAUCACCAUAUUCUUGACCAAAAUAGUGGCAGACUGCUGGUAGACUUAACACCAGGUCCUAACAGCAUGCAAGGGUAAGACAUUGUGUCGCAUGUUCCCUGUCCACACUGGAUCCAUCAAAUAUUUAAUUUCCUCUCCUAUGAAUUUCAGGUUCGCUUGUAAAAAAUAUGACAUCUAGCACUUCUUUGUUGAAAGCAGAGAAACAGAUAUGAGGCACUCUUUAUUGAUGAGCAGUUGACAGCUUUGAGUCAAAUAGUUUUCCCUCAGCGUUGAGUUAAAUAAGAACAAUACAUUUCAAACAUGUGUAAUACACAGCUAUGUCUACUUUGUAAAAAAGUGAACACGCUAUGCAGAAUGAGGAAAGUGAAAGAAUAUCAAGGAAAUGUUCCUGCCUGACACUCCUUUUUCCUUGCCCAAAUCAGUGCAAGCGACAAGGUGGAAAGUAAGAACAGGCUGACAGGGUGGAAAUGUGCUGUGUUGCUUGCAUGCUGCCAGGAUACUACAACAAGAAUCAGUGUAAUCAAGCUGGUUUUGUCGCUGAUGCUCGCUCACAUUACGUGUAGUUAGGACACAUUGUUAGACGGCACAUUCAUACUGGGACUGUGGGCCGUAACCUAUCAAAAUCACCCAUUACUAAUAGUUUAACUGACUGGUGGGGACCGAGGGAUCCUCCUUUAACUGUUCAUAUGGCUAAUUGUGCACAUCCCUAAUCACAUAUCUGGUGAUGUAAUUUUGAGAGAGCUGGAAGAUUUUUGGGUCAUUUCUGAGCAGACAUUCACAUUUAUGGAAAAUCUCAGUGACUGUUUUGUUUUCUUGGGGCCUUCAAAUUAUUUUGGCUUCACUCUCAGGCAGAUUUUGCUCUGUCCAUCUUAAUGUACAGUCCAUGACGUGUAUGCCACUGGUCAGACUGGUGUGACAGGGUAGGAGAAAGUUCAGAGAUGUACUGUAAAUGUUAAGCACUGUGGUGAGCUGUUUUAUGUGUAAGCACUGAGGAGGAGUUUGGCUUGUGUCUGGUCUUUAAGCUAACUGUUCCCACUUUAUGCCUGUACUGUCACCCUUAUGUGCUAUUUAUUAAAUUUCCUCCUUUACUGAAACGUAAUAAUGUGCUAAUGCUGAAAAACCUUUUCUGUUACAUUGAUAAGCUUUUGGAGUAUUCCCUUGUGCUUGUGCCUUCAGUAUGAACAUCAUGCUUAUCUACUUUUUAGUUUUUUAUUUUAAUUAGAGCUUCAAGCAUCUUUUUAAUGGGAUUAUUUAAGAGAUAAAACACUUAGUUAACAAAUCUUACCUCAUAGAGACUAAUAGCAAGGAAGUUCAUUCCAAGAACGAGUAAAUGUGAGCCACAAAAAUGAUGUAAUUAUGCAAAACCAGCAAAGCCCUCUACUUUAGUAAGCGUUAUUUUUAUUUACACUUUAAAGUGGCCUGUUCAGUUUACUUAAAUUGAAAAGCUAUUGUCUUUUCACAGUUAUAUACAACACAUUUAAAAAAAAUAAUGUGGCAUUUAUUACACUGUGGCAAGCAAAUAUGCCCACCUAAUAUGAAAACUAAUUGUUUUGCACAUUUUUGAGAAUAUUUUGAGUGUAUGGUUUUAUUUAAAUUGAAUGCGCCAAUUGUGAAAGGUCAAUGACGUUAUUUUUGGAUACAUUUUUAAGUUCAGUUUUAAAAAACAAGCCCUAUAUUGGUUUGCAUUGUAAAAUUUAUAUUUUUAUCAAACAUGCAGUUUUAAUCCUUCUGUAUUUUCAGUAACAAGCAGGAAAAUGUUACAAGCUACUCUGUGCAAAUUAUGCCUCCUACAAGCACUGUCUUGAGUUUUGUGUAAGAUAAGUUAUUGGACUGUAUUUGGUAUAAUAUGUCUAAUUAUUGUGUCCUGUUUUCACUGUUUUGUUGCUUGUCUGCCUCUGUCAUUUUGUAUACUGGUCUGUAGGUCAACAGGGAGAAGGCAGAAACAAACAUUUGUAUAUAGUCAAUAGUAAAAAACUGCUUCAUUUAAUG